GUGAUCAUUCCCGCCCAUCUAUUGCCGCUAUUUGCGCAUCUUUGGAUGCUAAAGCUUCUCGCUACUCCGCAGCAGUUCGAGUUCAGACUGGACGCACCGAAAUAAUCGCCGACCUAACAAAUAUGGUUAAGGACCUGUUAAGAAACUUUUAUCAGUCCUGUGGUAGAAAACCUGAGAGAAUUCUUUUUUAUAGAGAUGGUGUCUCUGAAGGACAAUUCGCUCAGGUUCUUGACGGAGAAAUCAACGCACUUAGAGCUGCAUGCGCCUCACUUAACGAGUCAUAUAAGCCGUCCAUCACCUUUGUUGUGGUCCAAAAACGUCAUCACACACGCUUCUUUCCUAUGGACAAGAAAGAUGCAGACCGAACUGGCAAUUGCCUUCCUGGCACUGUAGUUGAAUCCGUGAUCACACAUCCAUUCGAAUUUGAUUUUUAUUUGCAAAGUCAUUCGGGAUUGCAAGGAACAUCACGUCCAACACACUAUCACGUUUUGUAUGACGAAAACAAAUUCACUCCUGACGGCCUUCAGGCAUUGUCUUAUAACUUGUGUUAUAUAUAUGCACGUUGUACUAAGGCUGUAUCUUUAGUUCCACCCGUAUAUUAUGCGCAUAUCGUUUGCAGACGUGCAAGAUUCCAUUCCCGUGGAGAGCAGUGGAGUGAUACUGAAUCUAUGGUGGAAGAAACUCCAGGACAAGUAUCUACUUUUGGUGUCGUAAAACCCGAAUUGAUUAGA